CUUUAUAUUCUUUGUUUUAUGUCUGUGCCAAAUAAAUACAUAAAUGUUUACGAACUCCAAAAAGAGCGAAUUUGCCUAUGCGAUCAAACCGGAAGCUGCGGUGUACCAAAUACACGAUCGUAGAGAGCCACCAGCCAUGAUGAACUUUGCAGCAGGCGACACGUCGUACCACGAACGCAGGAGGGGACGAGUGUUCGUUGACGAUCCGCUAUCUAGUCUUGAACAAGAGAUACUGCUGUUCAGACACAACAACAUCCAGAAAUUUCAACAAGUCUUAGGUUGCGUGGAAGAGGAACCGGAAUACAGGCUGGACGACAUCGAAUGCGCUCUGCGCUACAAUUCGCUCGAUUCUGGGAUCCCGAUUGAGUAUGACGAGGAYGAAGUUGCCAACUCAAUAAACACAACUCUGAACAGGUUGAUUUCGUUGUCGCURGAACAGCAGUGUUUCCGGCAACCGGAUGGGGAUGAGUGUACGACCGCGAUGAGCAGUUUCACCGCCGCAGCCGCACCGGUUACCGUCAAGUCCAACAACAACUGCUGUAGUCCUGUGCCAUUGAACGAGACUUAUAACCUGGUCGAAGAAGUAUACGUCAACCGAGAUCAAUGUCACACGACCGAGCUCCAGGUGCUGGACGAAUCGCCCGAAGACGGUAUCGUGGUGGCGAUCGACAUCGGUACGACGUACACGGGUUACGCGUACUCGUUCAGACGGUCUGGCAGGAUUACCAUCAUGAAGAAACCCGACUACGAAUGCGAUACGAUAGUCGAUGGUCAAAAAAUACCCACAGCUCUACUGUUAUCGCCAGAUUUUAAUUUCCAUUCGUUUGGAACUGCGGCCCGUGAUUAUUUUCAUGAUAUGCACCCGGAGGAAGCACACAAGUGGUACUACUUUGAUAAGUUCAAGAUGUUUUUAUACAAUAAAGACGUAAUCUCUAAAGAAACACAUAUAAUGGCCGCCAACAGUGUGUCCCUCCCAGCCACUCGCAUAUUGACUGAAGCUUUACGACACCUUAGAUAUUUAAUUUUAGAAGAACUCACUGAACGGUGUUCCGAAGCUUUGAGCCUGGAUUCAAUUUCGUGGAUACUUGCCGUGCCUGCUAUUUGGAAUAAAAGUACCAGGCACUUGAUGAAAGAAAUUGCAAUCGAGGCCGGGUUGGGUAGUUUGGAAAAUCCAGAAGCUGUGACUAUAGUUUUGGAGCCUGAAGCAGCAGCUGUACAUUGUCGCAGUGCACGGCUAAAAAAUACCAAAGUUCUUUCUAAAAUUAGUUUUCAGGAUACUUACGAAACUGAUUAUUGUGUUUUGAACGAAAUAGGCGAAGGAUGUAACUAUUUAGUUGUUAAUUGUGGCGGUGGUACAGUAGACGUAACAAUUCAUCAAGUGUGCCGUACUGCCAACCGACUUCCGAUCAGUAAACUUCAUAAACCUUCAGCAGGCGUCUGUGGAUCUCUAAGUGUAGAUAUUGAAUUUGUUAAGCUCCUGUGUGCUUUAUUCGGUUUUGGAUUCAUGUCAGAUUUUAAACUUCAACGACCUGCGGCUUAUAUGGAACUCCUUCAGAGAUUUGAAGAAGCUAAAAAGUYUGUCUCCAGCAAAGUGAGAGCGCCUAUAGUUAUAAGGCCACCGUACGCGUUUAUCGAACACUACUUGAAGUAUUCAGACAAAGAYGUAUCGGACGCCGUGAGAGAUUACGGAUCCGACGCGAUCGUGUGGAAUGAACUGGACGGUGUUUUCAUUUUACACUAUAUGGCCAUCGAGCCACUUUUUCUGCCAAGCUUUGCAUGCAUUUCGGAACAAAUCAACAACAUAGUAAACGACAACCAAAAAGUCACCCACAUGUUUUUGGUUGGAGGUUACUCUCAGUCACUGUGGCUCCAAGAAAAGAUCUCCGAGCGUUUUAGCGACCGCUUGAAAAUAAUCUUACCCGACAUGGSUUAUGUCAGCGUACUACGCGGGGCUGUCAUGUACGAUUUGAAUAGGUCGGAUACGCCUGCGUAUAGAGCCAAACACAGUUACGCUGUGGGCAUAAUCAAACCAUUCGUCGACAACACUCAUCCAAUAGAAAAACUCGUCAUAAAAGAUGGUAAGCGUUGGUGUACAGACUUGUUGGAUUACCUAAUCGAAGAAAACGAUUGUAUAAGAGAUAAUGAGACGGUCAUAAAAAAAUACACACCUGCGAACUCUUCACAGGAUUCGAUCGUAAUCAAUAUAUACCUAGUACAUAAUCUAUCAGCCAAGUUCGUUACGGACGACGGAGURUUAAAGUGUGGUUCGUUAAAACUGACGARAAACGAAGACGUUCAACUGUCUAAAGAACUGUUGGUACAAAUAGGAUUUUGUGGUCAAGGAGAAGUGGUCGCGACCGCUUUAGAUUUAGCGAGUGGUACUCGAGUGGAUGCUCAGAUCGCUGAAACCGAUUGUUGAAAGAAUAUAGUCUUGUACCUAUUGAGAUUUUGUUUUAAAAUAUAAUUAAGUCCUUAGGUAUAUUGUAUAUAAAUUAUAAAUAUAUUGUUGUGUUUAAAAUUCAGGCUCAAUGAAAUAUGUAUCUAAAUCGACUAAAUCUCUAUUAUUGGCUAUUUAAAUAAUAAAUUGUAUAUUUUACAACUAUAUUACUGUUUUAAACUUAAAAUAUUAUUCUUAUUUCUUAACAUGAUGUGGGUAUUUAAUAUUAUACUGAUUAUAAUUUAUACGUACUAGGUAAAGAGUCUUUAGUAAAGACUUAGAAUAAUUUAUGUAAUAUCGAUAUUUGAGAUAACUAAUAUCUGCAUAUCUGAAAUCAACAAUGUACCUUGUACCUACCUAAUACCAUUGAUUAAAUAUACUUAAUAUAUUUAAUCAAUGCUAAUACCUAACAAAGUAACAACCAAAUUUUAUAUAAUAUUACAAUUAUUAUUUGUUAGUCAUUAAAUAGUUAGCAGGUACUUCUAUAAUUACCUGUUAUUUGUUAAGAUUA